AUGACGGAAAAGCCGGCGGCGGCGGCGACGGCGAAGCGGAGCACUUCCCGGCCAAAUGUCAAAAAAUUCCGUGAGUUUGCGCACUUGGCUGAAAGAAAAUUCGAGAAAUUUCAGCAUUUUUCCAUCCGUUCUCCAGAAGACUUCACAUUUGUCUGUUGUGCAUGGUGAGUGAAAAAAAACACGGUUUCAACAAGUUUAUUUUCCCAUAUUUUCCCAUUUUUUACUAAUUAUUUUCAUUUACUAUUAUGGAUUGUAGACAAAUUUAUCAAACAAACAUGAAAAAUGUGCACAAUUUCUUGAUGAACAUUUUAAUAGUUGACAACUUUUUAAUAACUCUACAGACAGCUGAGAUAUAUUAGUUUUAAUGUACGGUCUUUUAGGCGGGCUUCUGCUGCACGACAUUCAUGCGGAUGCACAUUGCGAUCACAAUGACGUGCAUGAUCAAUUCGACGGCGUUGGCACUCGAAAACGCGGCGUUUCCCGAGCAACAAAUCGACAAUAGCUCUUCGCUUUUUGAAGAAGUAUCGGAAACUUUCAAAACGUUUCAAUUAAAAACAAUUUCAGGUGGAGUCAGUGUCGGACGGAGUGUGUGCUGCGAACAAGGACAUGCACAAGAAAGUGGUCGUGGAUUAUGGAGUUAGUGCCACGUUCUGAAGGCGAGUUAUGCUGUAACUUUCAGGGCCAAUUGGUGUGGGACAGUCAGGAGCAGAACCUGAUCUUCUCCGGAACCUUCUGGGGAUCGAUAAUAACCGUGCUGCCGUCGAUGUUCUUCAUCAAUCGAUACUCGCCGCGAUACGUGCUUCAGAUGGCCGUCGGCUGCUACAUUCUGAUGACGUGCAUCACGCCCUACGUGGCAACACACUUCGGACCGUAUCCGGUGUUCAUCUCGAGAGUCAUCAUGGGAUUGGGAGAGGUUCGGUAUUCAUUCGCAUACGUAUGCGAUCUCCAGAGCUGACAAUGAGCGCAAGUGCGCCCCGCCCAAUAGAGCGAUACAUUGGCGCGAAAUUUAAAUUUUAACAGCAAAAUUUGUGUUUUUUUGCCAGAUUAGCCACGGAAAACCGAUAAUUUCUGAUUUUUCUCUCGAUAGACCGGUUGUAUCGGUCAUUACGAAUUUUUUAAGCGCUAGAGCGUCAAAUUUAGUCAAGUCGCAAAUCACAUUUAUCCGUUUGAAGGUUUUUGGCUAAAACUGCGUGAAUUUCAGUUGCUUUUCGGCAAUUUUCGCGGUUCGAGCGCUUAAAAUGCUUGUAUUUACGUUAUUUAUCAUUCUCAAAACCAAUUCUGCCUGAAAACGGUCAAGAAAGCGCAAAAUGAGAAGUGCGGUUUUUAGGCGGCGAUCGGCGGCGAAGGCGAAAAAGCGAAAAAGUAAAGUCCGCGAAAAAUGGCGAUGGAAAAUGAUUGUUCGACAUGAAAACACACUAAUUCUCAGAAUUAAUGACGUUUUGGCGCAUUUUUCGCGGAUUUCGCUCUUUCGCCAUCGCCGCCUAAAAACCGCACUUCUCAUUUUGCGCUUUCUUGACCGUUUUCAGACAGAAUUGGUUUUGAGAAUGAUAAAUCACGUAAAUACAAGCAUUUUGAGCGCUCAAACCGCGAAAACUACCGAAAAGCAACUAAAAUUCACGCAGUUUUAGCCAAAAACCUUCAAACGGAUAAAUGUGAUUUGCGACUUGACCAAAUUUGACGCUCUAGCGCUUAAAAAAUUCGUAAUAGCCUAUACGAUUGGUCUAUCGAGAGACAAAUGAGAAAUUAUCGGUUUUUAGUGGCUAAUCUGGCAAAAAACACAAAUUUUGCUGUUAAAAUUUGAAUUUCGCGCCAAUCUAUCGCUCUAUUGGGCGGAGCGCACUUGCGCCCAUUGUCACCUCUGGAGACCGUGGCGCAUACAUACUGUUAGUAACAAUUUUUGAAUGCUGACUAGAGAAAUGGAGGCGUUGAAAAUGAAAAAUUUUGUAAAAAAAAACUUUUACUGUCUCACUAUCAUCCCAAAGUCUUCUCGUCAGAAGUGGUUUACGUUGCAGUUUAUAGGGCUUUAUCCUACCCGCGAACAACGCGAUCCUCGCCAACUGGUUCCCGAGCGCCGAACGGAGCACCGCCAUCUCACUGUUCACCACUGGAAAUCAGAUGGCCGGAGCUGGAGGCAAUCCGGUCGCCGCCUCCUUGUGCGCUUCCUCGUUCGGAUGGCCCUCCAUCUUCUAUUUUGCGAGUGAGUGUGAAAAUGUUCGCAAUUUGCCAAUAAAUCACAUGUUCUUGCAAACCCCAACGUUUUCGAAACAGAAAAUGUGUUCCUCAGGCAUCGUCUCCUCGAUCUGGUCCGUAACUUGGUUCCUGACCGCUUCCAAUCAACCGUCCAAAUGCAAAGUGAUGACGAAAACGGAACGAGAGUACUUGGACGCGAAUGUGGUUAGACGGUCCAAUAAAACCAAUGUAAGUUUAUUGUCUUCUUUUUCAAUGAUCACUGUCUCACUAUCAGGCGAUGUUUCCCAAACGGAAAACAAGUUUCGGUGUCUUAA